AUGUUAUUAUUAAUUUCAAUAUUCCUUAGACACAUAUAAUCAUGCAGUAAUUAUUUUAGAAAUCCUUUAGAUAUAUUGAAAAAUGAAUUGGAAAUCAGUAUUUCUACAUAUGAAAAUAUGUAUUGGGAAAUAAAGGAUGAAUUAAUUGAAGGAGAGAUGACAAAAUUUAGAUUGGAAGGAGAUAAGAAUGGGACAUACUUCAAAUUGUAAUAGCCGAACGAUAUUUAUGAUUAGAAACAUUUUCCUUAUUGUAUGAAAUUCAAGCAUAGUUGUAGAGAUUUAAGAAAUAAUCAAGGGUAGAUCAUAUAGAAAAGGAGAGUUUUGGUUAAAUGAGUAUAGUUUAUUGGGAAGAGAUUCUUAAGGAUUUCAUAUAUACAUAAUAAAUGAUGAAAGUUUUAGAUAAUUGUCACUUUAUCAUCUUUGUACAGAUUUUGAUUAUUUGGAUUAAAAUAAUUAUGUAGUUGUUUGUUAAGAUAAUGAUGGAAUAUUUAUAUAGAUUAUUAAUAAAAGUGGAACUAUUGUAAAUGUUUAUUCAAAAUUGACGAAGUAAAAGAGUAAAUAUAAUUUGGCAAUUUAUAGAGAUAAAUCAAUUACAUAUCUAUUAAUCUAUAUACCAGCAUAUGCAGAAGAAAUAUUGAAUAUAUAGUCAAUAAUUAAUGUAUUCCUCAUAGAUUCAUAUUAAAUUAUAGAAACACCUUAUUAUUUGGAUAAAAAAAAACUUUCAGAAUUAUUUUAAAAUGAACUCAAAUAUUUCUCUGUGAUUGAUGUUUAAGUUUAUUCAAAUAAUGUAUAUGUUUUAGAUUAUAAAUUGGGUCCAAUUAAAUUAGUCUAAGAUAAUAAGGGAAAUUUUACAUAAGCAAAAUUAAUAACAUCAUCUUUAUACAUAACAGAAUAUUAUAGUUUUUCAAUAAGAAAGUAUGAUGAACUUAUUGUGUUUGGAUUUGUAUAGAAAAAUUAGAUGAGUUUGAGAGUUUUAAAAAGUGGGAGAUAUGAUAAUAUAGUAAGAACAUUUGAGAAAGGAGACUUUACUUUAGGUAUUUGUGAUGUAUAAAUAACUCCGAAAUAUUACUUAAUCAACUCUGAUAAAGAUCUUAUGAUUUUUAAUGAUGAUGAAUUAGUUGAUAAAUUUUAGAUUUAAAAAGAAGUCUUUAUUGCAAAUCCAUAUUUUGAUCUCUAUAUUUUAUUUCAUUCAAAUAAAGCAGAAUUUUAUGAAAUUAGUUCUGGUAUAUUAAUGUUUCAAAAACAAAUAUUAAAAUCAGAAAAUUAAUAAUAUUUUAAAUUAUUUGACAAUCAAAAUGAUAAUUGUUAUGUAAAUAUUGUUCUAGCAGUCUAUGAUAAAUUAGAUGCAAGAAUACAUACAAACUAUUAAACUAGUUUUUAUAAUUAAAGAAUAUUUUACUAUCCUCCUUAUCCUUCAACAUAUUACACUUGGCCUAGAAUAACUAAUGGUCCUAAUGUUCAAUAAAAAAUAACAAUACAUAAUGACUAAAUCAACAAUAUAGAUUUAAAAUUUCUCUCAUUAUCUCCUAUGACUAUUACAGGAAUUAGUUAAUUUGAUUAAAAUAAUGUAAUAUUUAGUCUUAUCAAUAAUAAUUUGGGUCUUAAUUAAUAUUUAGUAUAAACUGAAAAUUUAAGUGCCUUCAUCUAUGAAUGUUAAAUGAAUGAAUUAGAAUAGAAGUGUUCAUAAAAGAUCACUUUUUAUCCAUUAAUUAAAUUAGUUGAUGAUAACAUCGUAUGGACAGAAAUAGGAAUAUAUGACUCAUAUAUAGGUAUUAAGACAUAAAAUAAUCAUGUAAUCACAAUAUAUAGAGUUGGUGAUUCAAAGAUUGUUCAAAUAUUCUAAAUCAAAACUUCUUUAUAAAAUGAGAAAACUCAAAUAACUGAUUUUGCUAUUAAUUCUUAAUUUGUAUUUGUACUUAUUAGUGGAAUGAAUGAGAUCUAAAUCUAUUCUUUAUCUUUAAAGAUUUAAAUUGAUACUAUUUCAAAUCUAAAUAAUGCUUAAAAAGUUUAUAUUAGUAAUACCUUUAAUAAGAAUUUAUUAUUUAUCAAAUGUAACAAUAUAAUCAUAAUUGGGCAUUAUGUCAAUGAAUUUAAUAUCAUUUCUUAGAUCUAAGUGACAGAAUAAUAAAAUGUUUAAUUACUUUUGUCUAUAUUCAGAUCUACCCUUAUAGUUGUCUUUAAGACAGUUACUGAAUAGGGCAUUUUGUAAUAUCUUAUUCAUAAUUUGAAUUCAGUAACACUUUUAAGAAAGUUGCCAUUAUAUUACUAUUAAUUAUCAUAAUAGCUUUAAUUGGCUUCUAAUCCUUUAAAGAACUUAAUUUUGGUUACUGCAUAUUCAGUAUACACUUAGACUACUGUAAUUUUGAUUUAUUAAAUAAAUGAAUAUUAAAGGAAUUCUCUAUUGACAGUUAUUGAUACUUUUAAUUAUUUUGAAGGGGAAUUAAAUUAUUGUGUUGCAGGAAUUACCAAUACAGUGAUUUAAUUCAUAUAUAAGGGAUAAGUGUAUAGUUAUCUUUAUUUUGAGUAACCUAGAAUUUAUAUAAAUUAUUUGACUAAUCCUACACACUUUUAAUCUAAUUUAAUUUUAUCUUAAUAGGAAUGGAAUGAUUAUUAUAAUUUAAAGAGAGAAUACAAUAAAAAUAUUAUUGUAGUUGAUAUGUAAUUGGAAAUGUAAUGGAUAAAGGAUAAUAUAGAAUUUGAAUUUGAUGAGUGCAAAGAAGUUUAGACAGUUCAAAUAAAGAAUAAUUGGAUCUAAGGUUAACGUAUUUAAUUUAAAUUAUCUUGUAUUUUAUGUACAACUGAUAAUGACAGUGGUUAAAUUUAUUUAUUGAAUCAAUUUUAAAAAUCUAAUAGAUAGAUAUAAUCAAAAUCGAUAUAAUAAUUUAUAAAUUUUGAUGAUAAUUUUCUUUUAAUUUUAUCAGAAUUAACUGGAACAAAAUAAUAUUUGUAAUUUAUUAAUAAUGUUGGAGAAAUAGCAAAUGAAAUUGAAUUAUAAAUAGAAUAAUAUAAUUAUGUUGCAACAAAAUUGUUUCUAUUAACAAAGAAUAUAUUAGUUAUUUUAUAUGAAAAUGUAACUGCUUAAAAACCUGAAUUAAGAUAUUAUUAUUGUUGGAAGGAUUAAGAAAAAUAAGAUUGUAAAUUGAUGGGGAAAAUAGAAUUUUAAGAUAGAAGAAUUAUUAAAGAGAUGUCAUAUUUAAAUAAUGUAUAAAUAAUCUUAACUGAGAAUUUAACAGAAUAUCCUUCAAUAUAUUUUUAUUCUUUGUUAAUAGAUAAUAAAGUUUUUACAAUAUAAUAAUUUAACUUAAUAAUCAAUAAAGAUUAUUUUCAUGAAAGUUUUAAUAUAACUUCUUUUGAUGUAAUGAAAAUAUCUGAAAAUUAAGGUUGUUUGGUUUUGGCUGAAUUUAGUAUUGGUAUAAUUGCAAUAAAAAUGACAUUAACUAAGGAUUAGGUAAGUAUAUCAUAAUAUGAAUAUUUGGAAUUGCCAUUUAAACAAUAAAAUUUAGUAGAACCUUAAGAAAAUAGAUUUAUAAAAAUAUAGAUCUUUAAAGAGGGGAAUAAUAAUUGCAAAUUGAUUUUAGUAGAUCAAAUUAAUGAAAGUUAUUAAAUAUUUCUUGAAUAUUAAAGAGGGAAAUUUAAGAUAAAUAUAAGCUAAGUGUUUUUGAAAUUAGGGAAUAUAAUAAAAUUAAGUUCAAUUAAUGUUAUUGAUGAUUAUUUAUUAUAAUUGUUUAGAUAUGAAAAUAAAUAUUACUUUUGUCUAUAUGAAAUCAAUUAAAAUAAUGAUGUUAGAAAUAAUGCAGGAAUAUGUAAAGCAGGUUUGAAAUAAUCAGAUUAUGAUAUGAUUAUAUCAUCUAAUUUUGUAGCAAGAAAAAAUCAAUUUGGUAAAUAUUAAUUAUUGAUAAAUACUUAUGAUGAUAGGAGUUUGUAAAUUUAUUCUAUAGAUUAAGAUGCAAGAAUUGUAGUGAAGAAUGCAUCAGAAUUAAACAAUUAUACUGUGAGUUUAAUAGCAGUUAAUCCAUAUAAAUAAGUAUAAUUGGGAAUAAAUUUAACAUUGAUAUCAUGUCCAAAUCCUGAUUAAGAAAUGAAAUUAUUUUUUAUACUUUUGAUAGUUGUUUUGGGAGUACUUUUUGUUGGGAUAAUCAUAUGUGUGGCAAUCCAUAUAUGUAUUAACAAACAUCGUAAAAGAAGACGAUCAUAUAAGGCCAUUUAAUGA